UGCACAGAGAGACAGAUGGAAAUAUUGUUGUCUGACUGUCAACAUGUUGAGCAACACGAAGACGCUCAUCAGAAUCGUGUCUUUUCUCGCUACGACAUCCAGACGUUUGGCGUGGAAGCACCGUGCAAAACCGUGGAAGACCUGACGAGUGGCGUGGUCAUGGCUCAAGUUCUGCAGAAAAUAGACGUCGUGUACUUCAGCGACAGCUGGAUAAGCCGCAUCAAGUCUGAAGUGGGUGAUAAUUGGAGGUUAAAGAUCAGCAACCUAAAGAAAAUAUUAAAAGGCAUUUUGGAUUACAACCAUGAGGUCCUGGGACAGCAGAUUAAUGACUUCACUCUGCCUGAUGUCAAUCUGAUCGGCGAGCACUCAGACGCAGCCGAGCUCGGCCGAAUGCUGCAGCUCAUACUCGGCUGCGCCGUCAACUGUGAACAGAAACAAGAGUACAUCCAGACCAUCAUGAUGAUGGAGGAGUCCGUGCAGCAUGUCGUCAUGACGGCCAUUCAGGAGCUUAUGAGCAAAGAGACACCAGUUUCAGCAGGAAACGACUCCUACGCUGAUCUGGACAGACAGCUGAAGAAGACUGUGGAGGAGCUGAACGACGCUCUGGCUUCUAAAGAAGAGAUCGCUCAGCGCUGCCACGAGCUGGACAUGCAGGUGGCAGCUCUACAGGAAGAGAAGAGCAGCCUGCUUGCUGAGAAUCAGGUCCUGAACGAGCGUCUCAACCAGUCCGACUCCAUCGAGGACAUGAACAGCCCGGCUGGGAGGCGGCACCUCCAGCUACAGGCACAGCUGGAGCAGCUGCAGGAGGAGACGUUUAGGCUCGAGGCUGCUAAAGACGAUUACCGUAUCCGCUGUGAGGAGCUGGAGAAGGAGCUCCUGGAGGUCAAAGGUCAGAACGAGGAGCUGACGUCUCUGGCUGAUGAAGCUCAGUCACUUAAAGACGAGAUGGACGUCCUGAGACACUCGUCUGAUAAGGUGGCGAAGUUGGAGGCGCAGGUGGACUCGUAUAAGAAGAAGCUGGAGGAUCUGGGGGAUCUGCGGCGGCAGGUGAAGCUUCUGGAGGAGAAGAACACCAGCUACAUGCAGAACACCGUGAGCCUGGAGGAGGAGCUCCGCAAAGCCAACACGGCCCGCUCCCAGCUGGAGACCUACAAGAGACAGGUGGUCGAGCUCCAGAACCGGUUGUCCGAGGAAUCCAAGAAAGCCGACAAGAUGGAGUUUGAGAGCAAGCGACUGAAGGAGAAGGUGGAUUCGCUUCAGAAGGAGAAGGACCGGAUGAGGACUGAGCGCGACUCUCUGAAGGAGACGAUCGAGGAGCUGCGGUGUGUUCAGGCCCAGGAGGGUCAGCUCACCUCAGGUCUGGUUCCCCUGGGCAACAACGAGGCCUCAGAUUCACUAGCGGCAGAAAUCGUGACCCCAGAGAUCCGGGAGCGGUUUAUCCGUCUGCAGCACGAGAACAAGAUGCUGAAGCUGAAUCAGGAAGGAUCGGACAACGAGCAGAUUGCACUCCUCAAGAGUCUCUUGGAGGACGCAAACGCCAGGAAGAACGAGCUGGAGAUGGAGAACAGGUUGGUGAAUCAGAGGCUCCUGGCAGGUCAGAGUCAGGUGGAGGAGCUGCAGAAGAGUUUGCAGGAGCAGGGCUCCAAAGCAGACGAUUCGGUUCUACUGAAGCGGAAGUGCGAGGAACAUCUAGAGAAAUUAAGAGACGCAUCCAACGAGCUGCAGAAAAAGAGCGCCAUCAUCGAAGACCUGGAGCCCAAAUAUAACGCGAGUGCUCAGAGGAUCGAGGAGCUGGAGGAGGCUCUGAAGAAGAAGGAUGAUGAGAUGAAGCAGAUGGAAGAGAGAUAUAAGAAAUAUCUGGAGAAGGCGAAGAGUGUCAUUCGGACUUUGGACCCCAAACAGAACCAGGGUUCAGCUCCUGAGGUUCAGGCCCUGAAGAACCAGCUACAGGAGAAGGAGAGGAUGCUGCACUCACUGGAGAAAGAGUAUGACAAGGCGAAGUCUCAACGAGACCAGGAGGAGAAACUGAUUGUUUCAGCCUGGUACAAUAUGGGCAUGGCUCUCCAGAAGAAAGCAGCCGAGGACCGUUUAGCCAGCACAGGAUCAGGUCAGUCGUUCCUGGCGCGUCAGAGGCAGGCCACCAGCACGCGGCGCUCAUAUCCAGGCCACGUGCAGCCCGCCACAGCCAGGUAGACUCCCCGACAUCACCACGGCAACACUGUGGUCAAACAGGACGCCUGUCUCUCUCUUUCCCUGCGGCUGUUCCUCGCUCUCCCUCCUUCUCCCUUUAUUCUCCCUCCAGCUGAACGUCAUCACAGGGUGUCUGAAUCGAAUCUUGUUUACAGUCCCACUGAAGUUUCCCUGUCCAUAAAACUAAACCCCGAGGGAUUUUAAGUAGAGAUGCGGCAGCGUUCUUGGGGUUCUGAUGAUGAUGUAAAGGAGUGAAAGCUUGCUCUCGGAGCAACCUUGACUUUUACAUACAACAUUUUAUUAUUUGAAAGCAUUUUUAAUGAUCGUGUUUUGUUGCAGUGUUUAUUAAGUGCACUACUUUGUAACUCCAGGAAGUGAAAUCACCCGAUUCUGAUCUGUUGACUGUUACGUAAAUGACGAUUUUAUUAUUAUUUUUUUUAUUAUUAUUUUUUAUUACAAUGUCUCGAGCUUUUAAGAUGCAGUAUGCAGUAUGACUGCAAAUAAGGAAGGAAAAAAAGCUCAAAGUGUUGCGUCUCUGCUUAAAACCCCAUCAGUUAGGCCUUAGUUCAGGAUGCUGAUCUGGGAUCAGCUCGUUUUCAUCCAUAUACUGGUGCAGUAUUUGUUCGAAUCCAAAACAAGCUGAUCCCAGAUCAGUGCUGACUCCUGUCCAGAAUGACCACAGAGGGAAUAUGAGCGUUUCAGCGCUCUGCCUCGUUUUGUACGUACCCGUGUUGUCGAUUCUUUCCCUUCGUCCUGCAGUGUUUUUUUUUUUUUUCUUUCAGAAAUCAUUCUAGAGGUUAUAUCUAUGCAUCGAACUUCAGUUUUUGAUUAACGUUGUGUUAUUGACAAAUACUUUUUGAGAAAGUGGUAAUAGGAGUGAAGUUAUUGUUUUUUCGUGGUUGUUAAAGUGAUUAGUAAAGAAAUGUUUUCAUGUAGACGGGGCUUUAAAUUUCCUCCAUGCUGUAGCAACGAUAUCGUCGUGUUUGUAGCUUUAAUACUUUUUUUUUCUUUUUUUCUCCCACCACCACGGUGCAUAAUUUUAUUCCAGAAACAACUCCACCCACCAAUUCAGGAAAUAUUACAUCAGGGGUCAUGUUUUGUUUUACAGAUAUCGCUCGAACUCUGAACAGAUUUUGUGUGCUAAUAUUUUAAGAAAUGACUUCCUUUCUAUCGAGCUACGUUUUAAGUUAAGGAUGUGCGGUAUGCAUGUGCAAUAAAAAUGGACACGUUUCCUCAUCUAUCAGCGUCAGCCGACACUCGUUCCUCAACAACAGCGUCCGAGUCCGUCUCAGACGAAACAAGAACAUGAAAACAUGCCAAGAAACGUUUAUUAAAAGUCGAGCUGUAAAUUCUAAAUCAGCGGGAAAAGGUCAGUUUGGAAAGCCAUUAUUACAUUUUUUUUUUUAAGGGUGCAUUUACUUAUAAGCAGCAUAAUAAUAAUAGCAUUGUAGGUUCUGUUUCAAGAUCUGAGCACCUUCCAAAGUCCAAAUCCUUCUGCACUGAUGAAGAGAGAGUUAUUUAUUGAUAUGAGAUGUUUAUUGUGAACAUUCGGUUUCAUUUUAAAUUCAGUCUUUUGUUAAUGGUGCAUAUACAGUACUGGUCAAAAGUUUGUACACCCCUACUCUACUCAUUCAUAGGUAUUUCUGUUUUCUCCAUUGUAGUACACAGUGUUGUAGUUGAGUCACGAAACCUCGAGUCGGAGUCAAGUCUCGAGUCCCCGGUGUUCAAGUCUGAGUCAUUAAAAAGAAAAUUUCAAGUCAAGUCCAAGACUCCACCCACACCGUUUGACGGUGGCUGUUUCAGCGCCAUUAACAUUCAGUUUGUUCCUGAACGUGACAUAUGAACAGGUGAAUGUGCUUCUCUUUGUCAGGGAGUGUGAAGUAUUCUGUCAGAGAUGGUUGGGAGACGGAUGUAAGUGCAGAAGGCGUGUUUAUUAAUACAAGUGAAGACGAUAAACAAUCCAGAACGGCAGACAAAAUGGUGAAACAGGCGAUAGAUCGAGCGAGGCACAAACAGGCUAUCGUAGACUCAGCAGAAUCAAAGACGAGAAACAGGAAAUCAGGGAUCAGGAAGCUAAACAAGGAAAUAAGGUACGGUCAUGUAUCAGGAACGCAACUCAAUACUUCGCAAAGUAAGAGUGUUUUCACAGUUUUUAUAUCGGCACGCUGAUUAAUCCUUAACGUCUUAAUCCUGUGCAGGUGAGGGUCUUUUACGGCGCGCGCGAGCAUCCGGUUGGUGCACGCGCUGUCUGGAGCGCGCCCGAGAGUCUGUCUGAUGCACGCGCCAAGGCGCACAGAUGUGACACUCUUGCACGAAAUUAGUACAAAAAUUAAUGUAGAUAUAAAUAUCUUAUGCCAAAUAUUAUGGCAUGUUACAAAAAAAUAAAGAAAAAAAUCUGAGUCCUCGUCUCCAGUUUACAAACCCGGAUGCAGUUAAUGCACGAGUCCGAGUCAUCAGUGCUCAAGUCCAAGUCGAGUCUCGAGUCCUUAAAAUUAGGGCACGAGUCAGACUUGAGUACUACAAGCCUGGUAGAACAAUACCGAAGACAUCAAAACUAUGAAAUAACUUGCAGUAUGGAACAUAUAUGAAAUGAUGUGGUAAACAAAAAAGUGUUUAAAAAACAAAGCUUGAUAUUUUAGAUUCUUCAGCGUAUCCAGUGUUUACCUUGAUGACGCGUUGCACACUAUCGGCAUUACCUUAACCAGCUUCAUGAAUGCUUUUCAGUUAGCAGCUGUGUCUCGUCAAAAGUUAAUUAGUGGACGAAUUUCUUGCCUUCUAAAUGCGUUUGAGAUCUAAUAGUAAAUAAUAAAAAUACAAACAAUAAAACAGCCCGAUUCCAUCCACAGCUGUAGUAAUCUAUACAUAUUACAUCAGGAAUCGCUCGACUAAGUAAAGAGAAACGACAUCCAUCAUUACUUUAAGACAUGAAGUGACUUUUAAUUCAUAAAAUAAUAAAGAACAAACACUGAAUUAGAAGGGGUGUCCAAACUUUCUACUGGUACUGUAUGUGAAUAACUCCAGUUGCCAUAGCGACAAAAUAACUCUAGCAGUCCUGGAGUUCUCCAUUUUGGUGCUCUAAGGAUUCGACACCUUGUUGGUGGAAAAAGUGUGGGGUGGUUUGUUUGUUUGUUUGUUUGUUUGUUUGUUUGUUUGUUUGUUUGUUUGUUUGUUUGUUUUUUGGGGGGGUCACUCAUCAACCUCCAUAACGUCCCGUGUGCCACGCCUUAAUUCGCCAGAUUAGCCUCAUGCGCUCCAACACACGUCUGUGAUUCAGUCAAGUUAUUAUUUCUAUUUAGUAUAGAAUUUCUUCCUCCUCUUCAUCCUUUUCCUGUUUUUCACAUCUUACUCCCUGAUUAGUGCAUGUUGUUGUUGUUGUUAUUUAACUUCUCCUUUAACGGCGUGCUUCAUUAAAGCAGGUGCAGUGUUUUUAUUACGAUCUAAUCCAGUUAUCGGUCUCUACAGGGUCUGAUUAGAGAGGAUUCUCUCGCAGUAAUAAGAUGAGAUUUUUUUUAUUCUUAUUUUUUUUUCCACAAACGCGAUUUAGAGGCACUUCAGAAGUCGCUCCAAACCAACUUGUGCUUCAUCACGAAUUAGUUUCUUUCUACCAAAAUAAAUAAACCAGCGAACCCGCAGAUGAGCAGUGGAUUAAACAUCGUGUUACACUAUAUUACAUCAAGUUUUUAUAUUACAGGGUUCCUGUGAAGGUCUGAAAAUAAUAAGUUUGGGGGAAAGUGUGGAAAUUCUGGAAAGGGUUUUUUUUUUUUUAAUUUUGUGAAUAUUUACAUUUAUUUUUUAAUCCAAAGCAAGUUUAAGGGCCUUGAUCAAGAAAAUAAAUUAAAUAAUAAGGUCUUUGCUUAAUAAUAGUAAUAAUAAUAAUAAUAAUAAACUUACAUAACAGGAUUAAUUAAAAAAUUUUUAAAAAUACAGCUUUUCUGAUGUUAUAAAGAAAAUAAUAGAACCUCA